AUGAUCGGUUGGUUAUUAAUUCAUCUGGUGAUAUUUCAAUUUGUCUUGCCUUCUAAAGGAAGUAACAAUAUUUCAACACAAUAUAAAUUAUUUUUACACGAGCACGAGUAUCUUCAAGCUCGUGCAGAGCUCAAAUUAAUUCGUGCGUUAUUACAUAUUGAUAAUGUUACACAAAGUGAACAAUUCAGAUCUCUUUAUAAUCGUCGAGGGGAUUUGCAUGAUACAAUGCUAUUAGAUAAAUUACACGAAAAAUUACAGAACGCAAAGAAAGUAACAUCCAACACCUGUAAAACACAUCCAGUUUUAAUAAUUGGCUUUUCACCAAGUAGUGUUGAGCAUCAUGAUUCCAUUCGAUUAGUAACGAUUAACAAGACGAACCCAGCCACUUUACAUUGUACAUUUGUACAUUCAGCGACGAAUGAGAUUAAUCAUUCAAUACAGGUGAUAAAUUCUAUGGUAUUUAGUGCUAUUAUUGGUGGUCUAAGAAGAGAAACAACCAUACCAGGUUUUUAUCCGAAACCUAUGCAGUGUAAUCCAUCAUUUGCCGUUUUGGCUACUUUUAAACAAAAAUCAGCUAACGAAAAAGCUAAUCCAUACGUUUAUGGUAAUCCGGUAUAUGCAAACGAAUUUCCACUUUCAUGGAAGUAUACAAAAACCGUUAUGAACGAAAAAUGUUAUGGUUAUCUCCAGGAACACCGUCCACAAUGGGACUUGUAUCAGUCUCAUUAUAAAGACAAAUCGUUUUCAUGUGAUAGUAUCAUUGUUAAUGUAAGGAUUACACUAGAUCGAUAUUCAGCCGUGAUCGAUAGAAAUAAUACUCGAAUAUUAUUUGCUAUUCUCGAUGACCAAAUUGAUAUGGCUCAUUUACUCUAUCGGUACCUGAUGAAUCAUCCAAUAAACGAAAUAUUAGCUGAAAACAAAGUCUCGAUGGAUAAUCUUAAUGCAAUUGCAGCUAAAGUAAUCGAAUUACCAUCCGAAUUCAAUUUUAUCCCGGGAUAUUUCGUUAAGAAAAGAAAUAGAACAUUGUAUCAAAUACAAGAUUUAUCGAAUUUAACAAAAUGUAACUUUAAUGAUUUACGUACGGCUGAUCCAUCAGCAUUACCAACAAAAACAUUCAUUCAAGCUUGUCAGAAAUAUAUGUGUAUUAUUUCCGGUGUAGAUAUGGUAGCAGAAGCUUGGCAUUGUAAAGGUCAAUGUGCGACGAAACAUUGUCCAUGUAAAGCCAAAAAUGUAAACUGUGGUACGAAAUGUCAUAGCAGUAAAAAACAACUUUGUUCAAACGUUUAG